GCCGCGCUUCAGGAUCCCUGCUGCUCACCCCAUCAUACGAGCCAGGCUUCCUGGGCUGGACUUCGACUCGCCGCAGUCUCUAAUCCGUACACGGCAGUCUAUGGAGGAGGAGGGAGAUUCGCCCUAAUAACAAGGAAGCCGAGAUGACCCACCCUCGUUUCACAUCGGCCACGUACCAUAGUAUAAACACAAGGACGACCCGGUCGGUUUCGGGGGCGGUCUCAUGAGUCCUCAUCCCUCUUGAACCACAUACAACAAGUGGACGACGUACAAGUCCGUUCCGGAUCGGCUCCGCCAGAGAUCUACGCACACGACCAGAAGAACAACACCAUGGCGCUCACAUAUCAACAGUCCAAGUUGGUCAAGGACACCAUACCGGUCCUGCGGGAGCGCGGAGAGCAGAUCACGACCACGUUCUACAGGAACAUGCUGCGGGACCACCCGGAACUCCGCAACUACUUCAACAGCGUCAACCAGAAGAACGGGCGCCAGCCGCGGGCGCUGACUGCGGUCAUCCUCAGUUUUGCCUCCAACAUCAACCACAUCAGCGAACUGAUCCCCAAGUUCGAGCGCAUGUGCAACAAGCACUGCUCGCUCGGCAUCCAGCCGGAGCACUACGACAUUGUCGGAAAAUAUCUCCUCCAGGCCUUUGGCGAGGUGCUCGGUCCGGACAUGACGCCGGCCGUCUUCGCCGCCUGGGAGAAGGCAUACUGGCUGCUGGCCAAGAUGCUCAUCGGGCGCGAGGCGCAUCUGUACAGGGACUUCGAGCCGUGGACGUCGUGGCGCAAGUUCAAGGUCGACCGGGUGGUACCCGAGACGGACGACAUCUUCUCGUUCUACUUGGUGCCGGAGGACGGCAAGAAGCUGCCCAAGUUCCUGCCCGGCCAGUACGUCUCGCUGCGGGUCCAGGGCCCGGACGGCUACAUGCAGGCGCGCCAGUACUCGCUCAGCGACGCCUGGAGGCCGGACUACUACCGCAUCAGCGUCAGGCGGGACGAGGGCGCCCCCUACGCCAACUCGGUCUCCCGCUCCUUCUUCCACCCGGGCCUCGUCUCCAACCUGCUCAUCGACAAGAUGGGGCCCGGGUCCCUGGUCGAGCUGUCGCACCCGGCCGGCGACUUCUUCCUCGACGUCCACAACACCAGCACCAUGCCGCUCGUCCUCAUCUCGGCCGGCGUCGGCGUCACCCCGAUGGUGGCCAUCGCCAACACCGUCGUCCACCUGCAGCCGGGCCGCCCCAUCUCGUGGAUCCACGGCUCGCGCCGGUCCGUCCCCUUCGAGGACCACGUCGCCCAGCUGCGGCGCGAGCACGGUCCCAGCUUCCGCACAAAGAUCUUCAAGUCCCGCCCGGCCUCGGGCGACACCCCCGGCGUCACCUACGACUACGCCUCCCGCGUCGACCUCGCCCGCCUCGACCCGGAGCAGGACCUGCACCUGCACCGCGGCGGCGCCGAGUACUACAUCUGCGGGCCCGAGCAGUUCAUGCUUGACGUGGUCGACUAUCUCACGGCUAAGGGGGUCGGGCCCGAACGCAUCAAGAUUGAGCAGUUCUCGACCGGCGAUCUGGCGAUGAAGCGUCCGUGAAGCGGUCGGUCUGCGGUUGGUUGGAAGAAAAGGGUGAAGCAAGAAGGUCGGCCACCCCUUUUCUUUGUCUGUGUUUUUCGUUUAUCGGUUCUGUUCCAGUCUAUAUUCGAGUAGAUGGCAUCACAAGUAGAGGCGCGGAGACACACUAUCAAAGCGAGAUACCCCGGGAUUAGAUCUACUCUCUCCUCUUUUCACUUUCAUUUUCUGGCGUAGGUCUGUUUGGUGCCUUACUACAGAAACGGGGAAAAAGCCGCUCUGGGGUUUUGUUGUCGGGGAAGAAAGAUAAAAUUAAGGUCGACGGGGGCGUUGCGCGUAUGCGGGGUUUGGGGUUCAAAAAGGUUACGUUAGAGAUGAUCCAGAUAGAAGAUAACUGACACUAGUUUAUCGUUUGGCCAU